GAGGGAACAUGGGGCAGUGAUGGCAGCAGCUUCACCCUCUCAGCUUCUUUCUGGGCACACCCACCACCCAGCAGCACCUGAGAGGGGACUGGACUCAGCAGGGAUCAGGUGCAGUGGAAGAGGAUCAUAAAGCAAAUAUACAUCCCUUCCCUGGCCUGGCUCCCUCCUCCUGCUCCACACUUGCCUCCUUCUCUCCCUUUGUCAUUUUCCUUCCUCCCUCCUUGCAACCCUGUCUUCUUCCUUCCUACUUUGCCUCCUUUACCUUCACCUCUGUCAGGCAAAUCUGUCUAUCUGUGGGCCUUUCUCUUUGACUCCAUAUAGUUUGUGCUGAGAUUUUCCAAGACUGAGUCUGCCCUUAGCUUUCCUUCUGGCUGUUUCCCUCCCUGCUUCCCUCUAUCAGUCUCUGAAGGUGUCUCUUCCAUCACAUCUUUGUGAGUUUCACCCUGUGUGCCUUUUAGUUUCUCCACCCACAUCUCCUCCUAUCUGUCUCCUUUUGCUGUCCCUCCAUCCAUGUUUUCUCUCUUGCCCUCUAAUCCAUCUCUCUUCCUUGCUUCUCUUAUCUCUGUGUCUUUCAUCCUCUUCCCCUGUCUCUGACUCACACCCCUGUCUCUUCUCCUCUUCCCUCCUCUAACCCCUCAGAGUUCAGACACUUCAUGUGAAAUCACCUGGAUGGACUCUAACUUCCAGGUUCCCCAUUCUGUCCUCCCCCCUCCCCACCAGGAGACACUUAUGGCAUCAACUCUGCAUCCUCUGCAUUCCCUCAGCCCUGGACAAGUUGUCUUACUUCUCUGGUGAUUGUCUAGGGCCCUGGUAUUUCCCCUAGCCUCUACUGAGGAGGCAGUGUGUAGCAUAGGGAGAAAGUUGAAAGGAUUGUGUUUGUGACCAGAUGCAAGGACAAAGAGACCCUCUUCUUAUACCCUUCUUUCCCUCAAAGCAGAUGCACAUCUGGGAAAAAUCCCAGUUUGGGGCAGGGUAAGACAGCCUAAUAUUGUAACAGACACAAAUCAAAUACCCAGGUGCCCCUCCCCUACUGUUCUGUCAUGACAGCCAUCCUUCCAAAUCCUGCCUGUCUCCUUUGCCUCUAGGAAUCUUGGCUCUGUAGUCUGGCUGGGCCACUCAUCCACCACAUAAUAUAGCACCUGGAACAAACCAGAUGCUCAAUUAGCACCCUUGGUCUUGCCUACUGGAGAUGUGUUAGGGCAGGGCCAAUGUGAUUUGUAGUUUUUUUCUCAGUUGGAGACUCAUCAUGAGAUCUGAAACAAUUUUUUCUGAUUCAGUUUUAAUGAUCUGUCUUAGUAUAUUUAAUGUAGACUUUAGGGAACUGAAGUUACUCUUUUUGCCCCUCCUUCCACUUCCACCCAAUUCUUUAAGGAACCUAAUUUAGGGUUUAAAGACAUCUCAACACUGUGAAGUAGAGGAAUCAUUGCCCCUUUUCCUUGACAUCCAUGCCUUCUUGGUACCAUCACUUUUGCAUUCAUCCUUUGUUUUCUAAGUAGGCCCCAUCUUCUCCAUCUCUGACAAACAUGCCUCUAUUUGAAGGUUACCAUCCUGGAAAGGAGGUGGCACCUUCCUUCGGUCUGUUUCAGGGUCUUGGAAGCACUAUGUUAUGAUUGUCUAGAGCAAGAAGCUCUGUAGCCUGGAACUAUAUAUUUUUCUUUACUUUCUCCAGCACAAUACUCAAUGUAUAUUCAGUUAGAAUGUGCUAUGAAUGACGAAUGAGUGACUCAGGAAGUCCUUCAUGAUGAAGCAUAAGCCAAUUCCUUUUAGUUUUAUUCUUGGAGUUUUGAGACAUGUGGGUGAGGGUGCUGGGAUGGAUGGUGCUGGUAGAGGAACAUAGUGAGAGAUUGUUGGAGAGGUGGCUGGGGAAUGUGACUCUAUCAUUGUUUAUAGGGGUGCUCUUUAGCUGCUCCUGGAACUGGCCUCCAAAUCCCACAGGCUGGGCUCCACCUGGCUCCUCACACUCUUCUCCUGCCAGUUAGGACCUUCUCUAUACCUAGAACCCUGGGAAACUUAUUUACUUCUAAAUUCACAUCUUGCUGCAAAUAAAGUCUCCAGCAAAGUCCAAUUUGAGCCCUCAGUCCACCUCCUCACCCAGACAGAGUCCCACUAGUCUUCCAUUGCCCAGCUCCAGCUUUCCUCCAGGAUUCCAUAUAAGGUACCUCCUUCACCCUUUCCCACCCCUCCAGGCUGUGGCCUCCCCCAUGGCCCUGUCUCCUGAUGGCCCCGCCUCCCCAUAGGCCCCACCUUCUUGAGGGCACCCUCCAAGUUCCACUCUUCGUUCUGACUCUCCUUGGCCAAGCUCCUUCCCUGUCUCUGGAUUUGACUUUCUUUUUCUUCUCCUGUCUUAUCCUCCAAAAAGCCUAUAGGUAGUUAUGAAGGCCCUGCCGCUUUCUCCCUCUUCCUCUCUUCUCACAGUGACCCUGUGGGCCAAGGUGACAUGAGAUAUCUGAGCUGCAUUGGUUGGUUGAGCAUCAUUGUUCAAGAAGUAUUUAUUGUUUAUUUAGAUAUUAUGAAGGGAUAGGACAUACCAGAUGAAAGAUGAUGCAGCAGAUUUGAAGCCUGAGACUUGGAACUUGGCAGCCCCAAAUCAACUUGGGUUAAUUCAGUUCUCCAAACCCUAUCUGAACACUCUCAGUUCCCUGGCCUUGUUGCAGCUCUCUGACCCUGGAAUCCUCUUCAGCUGCAGCUAAAAUGCUGCAUCAAGCACUUCGCAGAUUUGGUCAAAAGCUGGUAUGCAGACGUAAGCUGGAACAACCGGUGGCUGAGGAUGACCCAUCCAGAAGCCUGAGCACUCUGGAUUUAGUGGCCCUGGGUGUGGGCCACACAGUAGGUGUAGGUGUGUAUGUCUUAGCUGGUGAUGUGAUCAGCAAUCAAGCAGGACCAUCCAUUGUGAUCUGCUUCUUGGUGGCUGGCCUAUCUACUGUGUUGGCUGGGCUGUGCUAUGCAGAGAUUAGUGCCCGUAUUCCCCAUUCUGGCUCUGCUUAUCUCUACAUCUAUGUCACUAUAGGUGAAUUCUGGGCCUUCGUCACUGGCUGGAACCUCAUCCUUUCCUGUGUUGGUGGUAUAGCCAGUGUGGUCCAAGCCUGGAUCUUAGCUUUUACUAGCCUGAUUGGGAUCCAGAUCUUUCAGUAACUGCAUGAGAGCAUUGCACCAUAUGUUUCCCAGGUCUUUUCAGAAUAUCUAGACUUCUUUGUUGUGGGCCUUGUGUUGUUGCUCAUGGGAUUGCUGACUCUGUGGGUGGAUGAGAUUUUCCUGGUUAACAAAGUGCUCACAUUGGUGAGCCUUUUGGUUCUUACUUUUGUCAUCAUCGCUGGCUUCAUUAAGGGGGACCUGCACAACUGGAAGCUCACAGAAGAGGACUACGUAAAGGCUGGACUCAAUGACACCUCCAGCUUGGGCCCUCUGGGCUUUGGAGGAUUUGUGCCUUUCGGCUUUGAGGGGAUUCUCCGUGGAGCAGCUACCUGUUUCUAUGCAUUUAUAGGUUUCAGCAGUAUUGUUACCAGGGUUGACAAAGCCAAGAAUCCCAGGCGUUCCAUACCCAUGAGCAUUAUGAUUUCACUGUUCAUCUGCUUUUUGAUGUAUUUUGGUGUUUCUGCGGCACUUACACUUAUGGUGCCUUACUACAAGCUUCAACAUGGCAGCACCUUGCCUGAGACCUUUCUUAAUAUUGGCUGGGCCCCUGCCUGCUAUGUUGUAGCUUUUGGAUUUAUCUGUGGUUUUCCUGCCAGCAUCUUCGGCUUUAUGGUCCCCAUACGUCAGGUGAUAUACAGGAUGUCAGAGGAUCACCUCCUGUUCCCUGUCCUUGCCAGGAUCCAAACUGGCAAAUACACCCGCAUCAUGGCCACUGUGAUCUUGAGCAUUACUGCACCAAUCAUGGCCUUCUUCUUUAGACUCACUGAUCUUGUGGACCUCUGGUCACUUACUUUCCUGAUAGCUUACUCCCUGGUGGCUCUUUGUGUUCUCAUCAUCAGUUAUCAGCCUGAGAGGAAGACUGGGGGAAAUGAAGCAGAGAUGCGGGAGGAGAAUGGACCUGCAGCAGACAGGCUAACUCUACAAGGACUACUUUUUCCAGGCAGCUACUCCCCAACUCCACUUUCUGGCCAGGUUGUCCAUGUUUGCUCCUCACUGCUUGCUCUGCUGCUCACUCUUCUUUGCCUGGUGCUGGCCCACUGGCCAGUUCUGCUUUCUGGAGACCCAGUAUGGAUUUCAGUGGUUGUGCUGCUCCUGGUGCUCAUCACUGGGAUCACUGGGGUCAUCUGGAGACAGCCCCAGAGCCCCAGUCCUCUUCCCUUUAAGGUCCUUGUUCUCCCUCUCUUCCCACUACUGAGCAUCUUCAUGAAUGUUUACCUUAUGACGCAGGUGACAGCUGACGCCUGGAUCUUAUUUGGUAUCUGGAUGUUAAUUGGUUUUGCCAUCUACUUUGGCUAUGGGCUCCAGGGCAGCCUGGUUGCUAACCCCACUUAAGUUAGUUCCAAAACUAUAAACCUUGAACUCAGCAGUUCCAGUACAUAUUUGAUUUAACGUCAUCACACUGAAAUGCAGUCUUGUCCCCUGCACAAUUAUGUAGGGUACUCUUAGCACAUGGAAAUCUAGGUUUGCCAUGGGAUGUUGAUGUGGGGGAACACUAAU